AGUUUGUGUGAAGUCAAAUCAGCCUACUGUCAUGCAAGCAACAAAGAGGAAGAGAGAUGUGGCUGAAGACUCAGAUGAAGAAGGUAAUGUUAAUUGUUGUUAGAAAAUAAGUUCACUUAUAGUUGUGAGUGGAAAUGUGAUCUCUGUACGUAAGGCUGAAAAAGAAGACCAACUUUAAUCAUACCGUCUUUUUUGGGGUUGUGGAGGAUGGAGGGGGGGUGGUGUUUGAACUUGGAAGAACCUGAGAGGGGGGGGGGGCAAAUUUUGUUUGGGUAAUACAUACAAGGAUGGGGGCUGGUUUACUUGUAACUGCCUUUCAACAUGGGCAUGUUUUAACUGAACCACUCACACAACACAUUGUUAUUAUAAUAUUAUUAUUAACUCAUUUUUAAUCAUUUUUUCCUCCUCUGAUCAGAAUCCAAAAUUUUAAAAUCUUCAGGAGAUACACCCAACAGUUCAGAGGGCAGUGAUGGUAACACUCACCAGAUUACCACUGGUCUCCUGUCUAUUUCAUCAAAGAAUACUGCAAGCAACACAAAGAACCAAAGAACUACAUCGAAAAGAAAGAGAAAGAAGAAAAGAAAGAGAGAAAGAAAGGAAAGGACUCUAAAAGAAUGCAUUAGGGACCCUCCAGAGCUCAACAAAGUUCUCCCAUCCUUGGCUGACAUUAAGGCAAUAACCAGACCUUCAAAACAUGCUGAUCUUCCUGUUGAUGUUUUGUUACUGACAGUGAAGAAUUGUGAAUUUGUAGCUUGUUUCAGUGAGCUAAAAAACCCCUAUAGAUGUUGGUUUGAUGGUCUUGGCCACGUUUACUUUUCUGAUGUGGAUGGAAGUCAAGAUAAAGUUAAAGUUGCAUUAUUUAAAUGUUAUGAGAACAGUAGUCGUCCUGGUGGUUCUCUCGUCUCUGUUAAGAAUGCUGCCACUCUGCUUAGGCCUAAAGCAGUCAUAUCUGUUGGUGUAUGUAGUGGUCUUCACCCUGAGAAAUCCAAGUUAGGAGAUGUUGUUGUUUCUGCCAAAUUAACAACAUAUGCAUCCAAAGUGGUGAUCGAUAAUCAAGAACAUUCAACUGGCAUGAGAAAUUAUGUGAGCAAACGUUUCCUGAAUGUCAUUAAGAAUUGUGCUGAUGGCUGGAAAGCACCUUUGAAGAAUGUUGCUAAUGCUCAACAAGAAGUUCAAGUACAUACUGCUGCUGAGUUUCUGAGUGGACCAGAAGAAGUCAUUUCUGGACAGCGACGUGAUCAACUUGCCGAAACCAAUCCUCAGGCAAUAGCAAUGGAAAACGAAGGGGAAGGUAAGUUAACUGUUGUUUUUGUUUGUCAUUACAACAUAAUAAUUAUACGUAAGUACACUGUACAUGUUUGAUUAUUGCAAGUCUUGCCUGACCCUCUGGAAAAAUUAUUUCUUAUAAACCAUCCCCUACCCUUUAAAAUUUUUGGCAUUUUAAUCCUCCUCCCUCUCCCCCACGGAAAUUCCAUUGAUUAUCCGUGGAGAAGUUAUGGAUAUUUUUUGGAAAGACAUAUUCCAUUUAUAGGUUAUGGCUCACCUUUAUACUUUGUUUAAAUUUUAUUUUUCUUUGUCCGAAACUCAUUAUCAUACAUCACCAUACUCCAAAAUAAUGGAAAAUAAAAUACAGACCAAGGACAAAAUAAUAAUUAUUGAACCACAACGUAUACAAAGUUAACUGAAACCUUCCAUAAAAGGUAAAUCUUUUUUUCCUUAACUUUCUUCAUGAAUCAGCAUGAUUUGGGUUUAAAGAAUGGUAAUGACAUUAAAAUUUAGAGCUUUACUUGAGGUGGAAAGAAAGCAUAAAAUAUUAAAUAAAUUCAACACCUUGCUGGCCAGGAGCCUUUUGUAUGAGGUUGAUUCUUGAAUUACCCCACAGGGGACUUUAGGAAUUUAAAACUUCUCUGUCAAGGUCAUGCCAUUAUUUUUGUAAAACAUUGCUGAUGCUUGUAAAAUGUUCUGCUCCUUACCCCACCCUCCCUUUAGUAAGUUAUUACGUUAAUUAUGCGACCCUAAUGUUCCACUGGUAAGCAGUGAGAUGGCGCCAGUGUGGAUGCCACUCAAAGGGUUGUCAAGGUUAUGUGCUGCACUUGGUAGCAUUUUGGGUCCACAAGCCUUGCAGGCACCUCGCCAUCACUCAUCUUUGAGUUUUGAUAUUACACAUUACAGACCUUUUAAGCAAAAAUGGCUGCUGUUAUUUUUCCAUACUCUGAAAAUUUGUUCAGUUCUUGGUUUAUAGUCUGUGUAGUUGUGAUUGAUUUAAACUGAUUUAAAUUUAAGAGAUUUCUAUGGGAAAAAACCACCCUAGCCCACUGUACCUUACAUUUCUUUAAGGUAACUUCUCAUAGAAUAGGAGUAUACAUGUACCCUUAAAACUUGAUAAACUUUAAUCUUAACUUUACUUUAACUUGAUGCGUAAUGUAAAUAGUUUAAUUCUAUUGGUACGUUUUUAGAGGUGUGCUAAAGCAAUAGCAGCUGAAUGAUGUCUCUGAGGUCCACACAAUUUUUUUUGUGCACGUACACAGGACUGUCUUAAAACUAAUGUACUGUUUGUUUUGUUUUCCUACAGGAGUAUUUGCAGCAGCAUUUGAUUGUGAAAUUGAGUGGUUAAUUGUGAAAGGAAUAGCUGAUUAUGCAAAUGGCUCUCAGUUGGCUUCUGAGAAUUGGUCUUCCUGUGCAAGUGUGAUGGCCGCUUCUCUUGUUGCACACAUUUUGAAUGAACCCUGUGCUUUUUAUUCAUGGCCUCAUUAUCAAGGUAAUCAUAAUUUCUCAUAGAGGGCAUAUGAUUUAUUGAAUCCAUUGGUGGGUAACUUAGUACAGUCACAGAUAAGCUACAUGGUAUAAAUUAUAUACAAUUUCGGUACACACAUGUAUUAUCCCAAAUAUAGGUGUGCAAUACACACCACUUGUUCAAAUUGUGUAAGUUAAGAUUCAAGUUGCGCAAGUCAUAUGAGUGAUAGGAAUUGUCAAACAAUGUCUUCCAUUUGUGUGAUUGGUUCACAUAGUGACUGUGUUCCCUUAGUAUUGGACAAGCCCGGAUUUUGUUUAAGGUGGAGAUAAACCAAUAUUUCAACAAACCACAUGGUACGCCCACAACCCAUGUUUCUUGUCAGUAAUCCGCAUAUCUUGAUUUAUCACUUGCUUUAUCAUCUUUUUUUUUUUAAUAUUCUGUUUAAGAUUUUUAUCUCGAUAUCAUGUUUUAUCUAUUCCUGUGAUAGUUUUAAAAUGUUGUUAGCAGAGAGUUUAAUGAAGGAGGAUAAAAACGCUAACCCCGAUUUGAACGAUUUUGAUGUCAUCAUGAUAUAUCAAUCAGUUAUUUUGUCUGUUUUUCUUUGUUAAAUUUUAAAAUUACUUGACUAAGAUUUGAGAUUGUUAGGCGCGGUUCAGACGCCCAACUUUUCAUGAGCCGAACCUAAUUCGAAUUAAGGCCGACCCAGAUUAUUUAGACCAGCUGAAUUGAUUCAGACGCCGAUCUUAAUUGCAGCUGAACUAAGUUCAAAAGAUAAAAAAUGCUCAUUUCGGUCAAACUGCUUACAAAAUACUUUAUAAUGAUUUAUGCAUUAGGUUCGGUACAUGAAAAGUUCGGCGUCUGAAUUAAAGCGGUUUCAAAGUCGCUCCAUAGGCGAAAAGAACGGCUGAGCCGUUCCAAAUUGAAACAGGCGUUCCUAAUUGAUUCAGACGCCGAACUUUUCAUGUACUUAAUUCAAUGUAUUAGGUUCGGCUCAUGAAAAGUUCGGCGUCUGAACCGGGCCUUACUGGUUCAUAUGACUUACUCUUCUGAAAUAUACUUUUCCAUGCUAUUCUCAUUGAUGGUGAUAUUUUGAUAUUUUAGUUAACCACUUUUUCAAGUAAAUAGUAAUAAUUGAUUGUUCUCCGGCAGGGCUGCAGCAACAUGAGUAUAAGGACGGUCCAACCGAAAGGCGACCAUCAACAUCUUCAUUCAGCAACGCUUCACACGAUUCGUCAUUCAACCGCACUCAAACUAACGAACGAAAAUUAGCUCCUUCCAUCAUCGAAGAUAUGAAGAAACAUGUACGAGAAGUCACUGAACAGCCUUACGGAGAUCUUAAAUCACCUUUUCAUAAUCCAGGUGAAGGACCCAGAAGAGAUCUGAAGCUUGACGAAAUGUUCACCAAUCUAAUUAUUUAUGAGGGGAGAGUUAAGUAUAACUUUUCUGGAGACAGAAUGAAACAACUACAAGAGUACCACAAAGCCAAUGAAAAUUUGCGACCAACGCGUCCAGGAGAUAUUUUUGGUGCUAAAAAACGGAAGAUUCUUGUUGUUGGUCGUCCUGGAAUUGGAAAAACCAUGUUCAGCACAAAGAUUCUUCACGACUGGGCGUCCGACACCUUGUUUAACAAAACACAAAAAUCGCAAAUAGAUUUUAAAGUUGCCUUCCUCGUUAAGCUGAGGAUGUUUAACUCUAGAAACAAAGAACUAAAUCUUCGCGAGCUUCUGGAUCACUCAGAAUAUUCAUCACGGGCUCUUUCCGAAGAGAUCUGGAACUACAUUCGUCACAACCCAAAGCGAGUACUGGUGAUUUUUGAUGGAUUUGACGAGUAUUCUUAUAGGACUGAAAUCAGUAAAGAUGACGUUCCGUACAGAAACAAUGAAGAAGACAAGAUGCCUGUCCAUAUCCUGCUGAAGAAAAUAGUAACGGGAAAAAUUCUUACCGGCGCGACAGUCUUAAUGACUACAAGACCCAAUGCCGUGUCAUGUGUCAGAAGUCUUAACUUUAACAGAGCAGUUGAAAUUCUGGGAUUCACAACUGAGCAAGUGAAUGACUAUGUACGGAAGUUUACAAAGCUGGAAGACAAAGCAGAAACCAUAAGGCGACACAUCACCAGUAACUUAAACCUUCUAGCCUUCUGCUACAUUCCUGUAAAUUGUUUCAUCAUUUGUUCAUGCUUGUUAGAGUUGCUUGUCAACACUAGCUUAACCAGCCUCCACUACCUCCCAACAAGACUUACAGAAAUAUACUCCAUUGCAAUAAAGAUGUUUUACUUUAGUUACGAUGAUGGUCAGUAUCGCCACAAUAAAACUGAAGGACAACAGUUCUUUCUAAAACCAUUUAAGGAACUGCCCUCCUCUGUGCAAAAGGAGUUCACACGUCUGGGAAAAAUUGCUUUUAAUGGCAUUCAAGAGGGAAGAUUAAUUUUUGAAUCGCAUGAGGUUAACAGCCUAGAGAGUAAUGGCCUGUUUCACCGUUUACCUGAUACUAAAGACCAUCCUUUAGCAGAUGGAAGAGAACAAUAUUGCUUUUUACACCUGACCUUACAGGAGUUCUUAGCGGCGAAGUAUUUGGUAGACACGUUGAGUUCCGAACAACUGCGGGAUUUUGUUUCCGCUCACAUCCAAGAUGGCGCGUGGAAGGUUGUGAUGCAGUUUGUGGCUGGACUGCUGGCUGAAAAAGAAGGACAGUCAACAGAUAUUUUCAGCAACCUUCUUCCCUCAAACACUUUUCCUCAUUCAGUUAAAAUCAAGAUGAAUGAAGACUCAGAGGAACGAACUGAAAUACUGACCCGGUGGCCAGCUGCUGAACACGUGUUAUUAGGGGUGACGCUAUUCAAUUGCAUGUAUGAGAACAAAGCCUCUGAUCGAGAAGUUCAAAAGAAACUGGAGAAAAUUGGUUGUAAUGUGCUUGAUUUUAGUGGGUGUAACCUGUCACCUCUCGACUGUUUAGCAUUAGUGCAUGCACUUAAAUCUGUUGAAGGAAUUUUGGAUUUUGAUUUAAGCUUCAACAACCUUCAGUCGCUAGGAUGUAUUGAGAUUGCGAAGUUGUUACCUGGCAACCAACACAAUCAGGGUUUUUGCGAACUAAAAAGAUUAAACCUCGCGGAUAACAACAUAACUGAUGAAGGAGUAAAACAUUUAUCCACAGCACUCACAAACACUAACUGCACACUAAACAGCUUAAACCUCAAGGGUAACGACAUAACUGAUGAAGGAGUAAAACAUUUAUCCACAGCACUCACAAACACUAAUUGCACACUAAACAGCUUAUACCUCGGGGCUAACAACAUAACUGAUGAAGGAGUAAAACAUUUAUCCACAGCACUCACAAACACUAACUGCACACUAAACAGCUUAAACCUCGAGUUUAACGACAUAACUGAUGAAGGAGUAAAACAUUUAUCCACAGCACUCACAAACACUAACUGCACACUAAACAGCUUAAUCCUCUAUACUAACAACAUAACUGAUGAAGGAGUAAAACAUUUAUCCACAGCACUCACAAACACUAACUGCACACUAAACAGCUUAAACCUCGAGGAUAACAACAUAACUGAUGUAGGAGUAAAACAUUUAUCCACAACACUCACACACACUAACUGCACACUAAACAGCUUAAACCUCUAUGCUAACAACAUAACUGAUGAAGGAGUAAAACAUUUAUGUACAGCACUCACACACACAAACUGCAAACUAAACAGCUUAUACCUAGAGGAUAAUCGAAUAACCCAGGAAGGUAAAGAUCUCCUAAACUCAUUGAACAUAAACUGUAAAGUAAGUUUCUAA